AUGGACGACGAUGCAAGCGGGUCGGUCCUCUCUGCGCUCAUAGCGCGCAUCGAAGCAUACGCCGCAGAUCCUAGCUCGUUGAGCGUACCCGGCUCAACGACACGCCAUGCACUCUGGCUCGCGGACGAGGCGCAGCGCAUCGAAGCCGCAACGCAGCUCGCCGAAGAACUCGUGGCUCUGCAGAGCAUCUACACAGACGAUGCGAUCUUCGUGCUCAAAAUCAGCCCUCUCGGCGCCGAGACGCGCCCAAACGUAGACGAUGCGGAUGGGCACGAGGACGCCGCCGAUCCCAACACCUGGCUUCCUGGAGCCAAGCUCACGCUGUCCAUAUCCGCCGAUGUCGAGGCGCAGACUACCGACGGCGAGCCGAUACCAAUACGGCUGGCGGUGACGCUGCCGCCCUUCUAUCCGCACAGUGCGCGGCCGCCGCAGCUGCAGCUGCUGUCGCGGUAUGUAGGCGGCUUCAGUGUAGACGCGCGGCUGUUUGGCGAGAUCCUGCGUGCGUUCUACCACCAGACGGGCGACAGCGCCGAGCCGGUGGAUGCGGAAGAGGCAGCGAGUGCAAAGUGGAUCGGAGGGAGUAUGGACCGCGGCGUGGACUGGGCGUCGGGCCAGGUGGUGCUCUUCGAAGGCAUCGAGUGGGUCAAGGAGAAAGUGUCGGACUGGUGGACCGACAAAGAGACCGAGCGUGUAAAGUCGGCCCCUUCUCCGUCCUCACAGCUCCCAACCGCAACCGCAUCCGAUCCACAAGUCACAACGUUUGCGGAGGUGCCGACGCAGGGCCAACCGGCGCCUUUUGAAGGCACCAUCUUCCGGACCGAGUCGAUCAUCGAGCGCAAGUCCGAGUUCAUCGGGCACGCGGCGAGCAUCACGUCGCCCGACCAGGUAGCGUCUGUGCUGUCGCGCAUUGUGUCGGACAAGCGCGUGGCGCGCGCGACGCAUCCGAUCAUCAAUGCGUGGGUGUGCCGUGGCGCGGACGGGGUGGUGCAUCGCGACUGCGAUGACGACGGCGAGACGGCGGCGGGCGGUCGCCUCGCGCAUCUGCUCAGCAUUCUCGAGCUCGAAAACGUGCUGGUCGUCGUCACGCGCUGGUACGGCGGCGUCCAUCUGGGCCCGGACCGCUUCAAACUCAUCAACCGCGCCGCGCGCGACGCUCUCGACCUCGCCGGCCUGGUGGGCAAAAACACCGACGACACGGCAAAGACCAAAGGAAUGGGAAAGCGCAAUGCGUGA